AUGCGCCUGUACGACUACUUACGGCCGCAAGUCGUCACAGAACUGUCGCGGGCACAGAGCAAGAUACACAUAAGUUUUGACGGCUGGACGACAAAGGGUGGCAAGCGUGGGUUCUUGGGUAUCGUUGCCCACUACGUUGACAAGCAAGGCGAUAUUGUAGACUUACCUAUCGCGCUGCCGCAGUUGACAGGCGCCCACAGUGGACAUAGGAUGGCAAAGGUUGUUAUCUAA